CUCCCGAGGCAAAGUGAACAGAUAACCAUCGUACGUCUUUGAUUGCAAGUCUUGUCAGACGUUUUUAACGAUAGCUGACCUGUGAAACGGGCGCAAACUAUAUUGGAGAGGGGAGAGAGAGCGAAGCAGCCGAGUACCUUACCUGGUUUGUUUGUUUUCGCGGAGACCCACUAUCUCAAAGUCACUGCGUCGUAAAAUGUUACUGUUGGAUAGAAGAGGGAGAGCGAGUAAACACAAGUAAAAUCGCCCACAUGCCCUGGAUCAAUCGCUUGAUACGGGAACGGAAUCCGAAGAAGAGGGAAGAGGCGAGUUGGAAAUCCUUGCAGGCUGGAAGAUGGCGGAGCGGUGUUGCUGGAGGUGGUGAGAGCCAAACUUCGGGCUACUUAAGAUUUAUUUGUGAACAUCUCGACCCAGCAGCCAGGACACAUGCAGGCCAAAAAACGAUAUUUAAUCCUGCUUUCGGCUGGCCUAUGUCUUUUACUGCUUUACUUUGGGGGUGUCCAAGUUCCAGCGACCAGCAGGAGCCGGCAUGAUCCCAGCCGCAAUGGAUAUCGCUCCGACCAGCCGUGGCCACACUUCUCGGACCCGUUACAACCUUUCCAUCCCUGGGAACAAACUGACACCGAGGAGUAUAACCUCCACAUAUCCCCACGACAAAAAAGGGACGUUAAUUCGAGCGUUUACAAGGGUAAGCGGUGUCGGAUGGACUCCUGCUUUGAUUUCUCCCUGUGUCAAAGAAACGGAUUUAAAGUUUAUGUAUACCCACAACAGAAGGGAGAGAAAAUCUCAGAAAGUUAUCAGAACAUUUUGUCGACUAUAGAGGGCUCCAGGUUUUAUACCUCGGACCCGGGACAAGCUUGUCUGUUCGUGUUGAGCUUGGAUACGCUCGACCGCGACCAGCUUUCACCGCAGUAUGUGCACAAUCUGAAAACCAAGGUUCAGAGCCUACAGCUUUGGAACAAUGGUAGGAAUCACCUUAUAUUUAACUUGUACUCGGGGACAUGGCCGGACUACACGGAAGACCUGGGUUUUGACAUUGGUCAGGCCAUGUUGGCCAAAGCGAGCAUUAGCACUGAGAACUUCAGACCCAACUUCGACGUGUCCAUCCCGCUGUUCUCCAAGGAUCACCCGAGGACCGGGGGGGAAAGGGGCUAUCUGAAAUAUAACACCAUUCCACCUUUUAGGAAGUAUAUGUUAGUGUUCAAAGGGAAGCGUUAUCUCACCGGGAUUGGGUCGGACACAAGGAAUGCCUUAUAUCACGUCCAUAACGCCGAGGACGUGGUACUCCUCACCACCUGCAAGCACGGCAAGGAUUGGCAGAAACACAAGGACGCCCGUUGCGACAGGGACAACGCCGAAUAUGACAAAUAUGAUUAUAAAGAAAUGCUGCACAACUCCACUUUCUGCCUGGUGCCUCGCGGACGACGCCUGGGCUCCUUUCGUUUCCUGGAGGCACUGCAGGCGGCCUGCAUCCCCGUCAUGCUGAGUAACGGCUGGGAGCUGCCCUUCUCCGAGGUCAUCGACUGGAACACGGCGGCCGUCAUCGGAGACGAGCGCCUCCUACUGCAGAUCCCCUCCACAGUGCGCUCCAUCCAUCAGGAUAAGAUCCUGUCCCUGCGCCAGCAGACUCAGCUCCUGUGGGAGGCCUACUUCUCCUCCAUGGAGAAGAUUGUGCUCACCACGCUGGAAAUCAUCCAGGACCGGGUCCUGCAGCACAUGUCCAGGAGCAGCCUGAUGUGGAACAGCCAUCCCGGGGGCCUGUUCGCCCUGCCCCACUACUCCUCCCACCUGGGGGACUUCCCCUUCUACUACGCCGGGCUCGGUAUCAGACCGCAGCCCAAGUUCACCGCAGUCAUCCAUGCUGUCACCCCCCUGGUCUCCCAGUCUCAACCCAUCCUCAAGCUGCUGGUGGCUGUGGCCAAGUCCCAGUACUGUUCCCAGAUCAUCGUUCUGUGGAACUGUGACAAGCCUCUCCCUGCCAAGCACCGCUGGCCUGCCACCUCUAUUCCUGUUGUCGUCAUCGAGGGAGAGAACAAGGUGAUGAGCAGCAGGUUCCAGCCGUAUGAGACCAUCCAAACAGACGCCGUGUUGAGCCUGGACGAGGACACCGUGCUGUCCACCACAGAGGUGGAUUUUGCCUUCACCGUGUGGCAGAGCUUCCCAGAGAGGAUCGUGGGCUACCCCGCCCGUAGCCACUUCUGGGACAGCAACAAGGAGCGCUGGGGCUACACCUCCAAGUGGACAAAUGACUACUCCAUGGUCCUGACAGGAGCGGCCAUCUACCAUAGAUAUUACCACUACCUGUACACUCACUUUCUGCCAAGCAGCCUGAAAAGCAUGGUGGACCAGCUGGCAAACUGUGAAGACAUCCUCAUGAACUUUCUGGUGUCAGCGGUCACCAGGCUGCCUCCGAUCAAGGUCACCCAAAAGAAGCAGUACAAGGAGACCAUGAUGGGGCAGUCCUCCAGGGCAUCUCGCUGGGCCGACCCGGACCACUUUGCCCAGCGGCAGACCUGCAUGAACAAGUUCGCCAGCUGGUUUGGCGGCAUGCCUCUGGUGCACUCCCAAAUGAGACUGGACCCGGUCCUGUUCAAGGACCAGGUCUCCAUCCUCCGCAAGAAAUACAGGGAGAUCGAGAGGCUCUGACAAGACUGGCGCCCCCUGUCGGCCGACCGACCGACCACAGGGGGCCCCGAGAGACUACUUUGAGAGGAGGACCACACAGGACCCGCUAAAAUGCCCCCUCCACCCCCCUUAAAAGAAGCAGGGGGGAAGGGGACAAAGGGAGGUCCCAGACUCUUUGUCUUCCACUCAGCACAUUGCCAAUGAUGACAGAAAAAGGUGCCAGGCCAGGAGCGGUGUCUGGGGAACUUCGCACACUCAUGCACACUCGACAAGCCCUCACGGGGAAACACGCCUCACACACUCUCCUACCCGCAGGAGACUUCUUCAAAAUGUAUAUCCCGAAUGCAUAAACCAGCUGACAAGACUCGAGGCUUUCUCGCCGCAAAUGUUCAUUGUAAGGAGGACGCGCAACGGACAAAUCCCUCUGGUCCCCAGAAA